AUGCGUUCAGGGGAUUUGCUAGUGCAGGUUAGUACUAAGAAGCAAUCUCAUCAAAUUUUAAAGUUAAAAGCGCUGGCCACAAUACCCGUUUCUGUCCAACCACAUGUAGCAUUGAAUUAUUCAAAGGGCGUGAUCACUUGCGGCGAAUUGUUUAAUGUGCCGCUUGAGGAAAUAUUGAAGGAGUUACAGGGUCAAGGAGUGACACAUGUACGCCGCAUAACUAUUCGGCGGGAUGGACAACUCCUUGAUACUAAGCACCUUAUACUAACGUUCCAUUCUCCUAAACUACCAGAAUAUAUCUAUGCCGGGUAUAUGAAACUUCCAGUGAGACAAUACAUUCCAAAUCCCUUGAGAUGCUUCCAGUGUCAGCGUUUCGGCCACUCAAAGGUAAAUUGCCGCGGGACUGUCACAUGCGCCCGCUGCGCCGAGAAAGGCCAUGACAGCCAGCAGUGUACCGCACAAGAAAAGUGUGUGAACUGCGAUGGCGCACACUCGUCUUUUUCACGGGCAUGCAAACGAUGGACUCUCGAGAAGCAAAUCAUAACACUUAAAAUAAAAGAAAGCAUAUCUUAUCCUGAAGCUAGGCGAAAGGUCUUAAGCCUGGUGUUGGUGUUUCAGCUAAGUUAUGCAUCUGCCGUACAAAAAACAUUCUGUGCGAAUUGCUCAUGCCCAAACUGUAUCAAAAGUAAACCUCAAACCAAUCCACCUGAGAAACCAUCCGACUCUGACACUGAAAAAUCAACAGUAAGUGCUCCUGAAACUUGCAAACCGGAAACAAAUAAACUUAAAGUCAAAUCUAGCAAAUCAUUGAAACUAAAGCUUGCAAAACGCGGGCUUAAACCAAACGACCUGCCAAUAAAGUUAAAGAAAUCGACAUCAAAAAAUUCCGUAGCCUUGGGACUAGCUACACAAGGUAAAGUCCACAAGGACCUGACGUCCAUCUUUGGUGGCAAGCUGAAUAACCCAUCUAUAAAAUUACAUCCAUCUGAGGAUGAAUCUGAGCUUGAAAUGAGUUGCGAAGACCUGGCAACUCCAACAAUUGUCUCUUCCCAUUUAUCCUCUAAACCAGUCUCUUAA